AUUCAAGCCUCGGCAAAUCCCAGAAAUAUUUAUCUCGAGCUUCAACGUCAUCCAAGCUUCAAGCUUCACAACAUGAUAAAGCCAAUGCUUCCUUCAUGAACGACAACCAUGCGCGCCUCUCCCCCGCGUUGGUCGAGACCAUUGCCGGCCUCGCAGCUGGCACAACCUCCACGCUCGCCGUCCAUCCCCUCGAUGUGAUUAAAACCAGACUUCAAAUCCAACGCAACACCUCCUUUUCUCCUGUCAACGCCUUCGGAAUCCUCAAAUCCCUUCUGAAGAAUGAGCGACCAAUUCAGAGCUUGUAUCGUGGCCUGACGCCCAAUCUCGUCGGCAAUGCAAGCAGCUGGGCCAUCUUCUUCUACUUCAAAUCCAUCAUCGAAUCUCAGCUCCUCCUCUUCCAUAACCGCUCGCACCCCAGCACUUUUCUCACCCAUGACGGCUCAACGACAGCAAGCCGCAACGAGCUCUCGCCCGCAGACUACUUCCUGGCGUCCGGCAUAUCAGGGACUUUCAUCACGAUGUCCACGAACCCGAUAUGGGUGCUCAAGACCAGGAUGCUGAGCUCGGAUAAAGGAAGUGAAGGUGCUUAUGAAAGUAUGUGGCAUGGUGCAAGACAGGUUUUCAGGAAUGAGGGCUUGAGGGGCUUUUAUCGGGGCGCGGGGAUCAGUUUGUUAGGGAAUAGUCACGGAGCUGUGCAGUUUGCUGUCUAUGAGCCGCUGAAGAAUGUUUGGAGGAGAUAUUUGGCAAGGGAGCACAAUGAGGUGGAGAGUAGGACUGGGGAGCAGGAGAAGCUGGGAAAUACGGCGACCUUGGUCAUUUCAGGUUCGGCGAAGGUCGUUGCCGGGACCGCCACGUACCCAUAUCAAGUUAUUCGGAGUCGAUUGCAGACGUACCAUUCGGAAGCCAGAUUUGGGAAGGGAAUACGGGGCGUUGCGAGCAAGAUCUUGAAUGAGGAGGGGUGGAGGGGAUUCUACCGCGGGCUGGGGACGAACAUUGUCAGGGUGUUGCCAGCGACUUGGGUCACGUUCUUGGUGUAUGAGAACGUAAGGUUCUAUGUACCGCGCCUGGGUGGGUAGAAAUAACGGCUCUGGAAAGUAUCGCGAGGAUCAAUGGCUGAAUCUACACGUCCUCGUUUCCCUCUUGCGAUGCUUUUCCCUUGCAUAUUGUGAACUCGACCGAUUUCGUUGCCUUGCUUUAAUUUACCUCGCGAUCGAUUUUAGUUGGCAACAUCUCUUCGUGAUCAUCAAAAAUGUUUUUAGAGAGAAAGAGCCCCCUCUCGUCUAAUCCUAUGCUCCUCGUUGCUUUCAAUCUCCUUUGUGCAAGGUAGAGAAGAGUCACACAAGAG